ACACUGAAGUGUACAUUCUUUGGAAACGUUCUCUCUAUUCCUUGGACUUUGAUAUUUGGCCUAUUCAGACAUUGUAAAGGUGGAGUGAAGACGUUUGUUCACCUUUCUUAGGACUGCAGGACUUCAGGUACUGAUGAAUCUAUUCAACAAUGUGAAUGGGGCCCCUAAAUUGAGAUACCAGAGCUUCGUUCUGCAUUUGCUCCUGAUCUACCAGCUGAUAAUUGAAGUGUUUGGAUUUCCACCCUGUGCAAGAAUUCCACUUGGAUCCAGAAAUCAAGGAGUGUUUAAACAUGGAAAGGACGCCAGCAGCUUCUUGGGACGCAGACUGCACUACAACCAGUUUGACUUUGAGAUGUUUGUCAUUGGAAAUCUGGAGAGAGAAUGUUAUGAGGAGCAAUGUAACUAUGAAGAAGCCAGGGAGAUAUUUGAAGACGACAAUGCAGUGGUGGAAUUCUGGAAGGAAUACUCUCAGAGAAUGUCAAAAGAAGGUACCGCAGUCAAGCUUGAUGUGAUCGGACUACUAACUGGUCUCAUUUGUGCUGGAACUUUCCUGGUUAUAUUUGGACUUCUUGGUUAUUAUUGGUACACAGUCUAUUGUUACCCAAGAAGACAUAAUCACUUCUCAGAAGACCAUGACCGUAGAAACGCGUCGGUCAGAUCAAGGACACACGAGUUGGUUCCACUUCAGAAUACGGCACCUCCCCCAACACAAAAUGGACCACCCUCCUAUGCACAAGCUCUGGCACUGGAUUCUAUUCAUGAUAUCCCACCACCGCCUUAUCCUGGAACUGAGAUAGAUGCAAAGAUUUACAGAAAGUCCUUCUCGAUUCCUGCUUCUCAUGAAUUUUGAGUAUGUUGGAGAUACAGCUUAAACUGCAGAAAAACUAUAUGAUGGAAAGAAUAUGGAAGUCCUCUUCCCAAUGGUGGAUUUAUGGGAACCUCAUAUGUGCCAAAUACAUUCUUUUGGUCUCAACAUUCUGAGGAAUUUUAGGAGUUUAGGAGUAUUUGGAUGGAUUCCAGAUCAUAUUUUAUACACCUGAUUACAAAAAGGAUUCAUGAGAGACUGAGCGCGAAUGAGAACUUAAAGACAUACAAGGUGUGUGUGGCCCUUUUUGGAGUAUACGCUCAACUUGGGAGAUGUUUUACAAAAAUAAAGAUGGCAGUGGACAUGUUUUGUAUUCCUGUUUGCGUUGCAAAAUUUGUCUAUCUUGCAAUGGCAUAUAUGCUCUGUGAACUACUCAUCCUGUGAAAUAUAACUGUACGAUAAGGCAGAAAUCAUUACAUAAUAACAAUAAGUGAUGUUACUGCUUCUGUCUUGCUUUUGUAAUAAAAAUGUAAUAGAAGGUAUGGGCCCGUGGUAACACAGGGUUGUGCAUUAGUCUGACAGAUGCCAUGUGCUUGCUUUAUCCACCAUAGGUAAGGAAUUAAAUGGCACCUGCAAAGUUGAACUUCCCCUUCGUAUUGGUAUGGAGACACACCGGUCCCAUUGGCAGUCAAGCUGCCAAGAAGACUAUUGUAUGAUGCCCAAUGAGUUCAGUGCAUGAGUCCUAUUAGUUAGAUAAGGGCUAGUGCUUGGAACUCACUGGGCUUCAUAUUGUUGCCUCUGCAGUUUGACUGCCCAGUGUGGACCUGCGUCUCACUAGGCCAAUCUGAAGAACAGGCAGGAGUUAAACUUUGCAGUUACCCUUUAUAGGAGUUAUCUAGCUUAUAUAGGAUCCAGGAUUAAUGAUGUGGUCAAUGACUAACUUACAGUGGGGCAAAAUAGUAUUUAGUCAGUCACCGAUUGUGCAAGUUCUCCCACUUAAAAAGAUGAGAGAGACCAUAGUAUGUUUUUGGUCCGAAGUGUACUCUUACCAACUAUUGGACUCCAUAAUAUAUAGAACCAUGAGGACUAUACCAAUAUUUUAAUGUAGUAGUGGUUAUCACCCAACAGUUACAGAUUACUGUUUAUCGCCUCUUUUUACUGUUGACAUUGUACUGAUGUUUUG